GGAAACCACAAUUUUGAGUUCGCGAUUAAUUGACCUUACAUUGUGAAACAACAGCAAUAGGUGGCAUAAACACUGCUGUCUUGCACUCCAAUAAAGACUUGCCCUAUUGCAUAAAAAUGGGCUAUAUUCAUUCAAGUAGAGCUGUCAGCUUCUAGGAAUACGUUUGGUUACACAUGAACACAAAAUUACUCUCAGCACUGUGUAAGAGGAUAAAAGUGGAGUCACUGAAGGCUAGUAGUGAUAUUUUCAUCGCGCUUGUCACCAGUGAAAUUAAUUAUGUGGUUGGGAAGCCCCCUGAAACUCCAUCAAGGGCCCCUGAAAGUCCCCGCACCCCACUUUGAGCCACCACCGCCUUCAUGAAAAGACCCAUUCUCCAGAAAGGUGACAGCACAGUCGUCUUACUUAAUUCCCGCCUCCUCGCGUUGUCGCCCAAUCAAACAAAACCACAUCCCACUUUUAGCCAAUCACACGCGAGCCUCUCCUCCAACUGUUUGACCAAUCGGUUUCGAGUAUCGACUCCUUUUUUUUUAAGAGCCAUAUUUCUGACCAAUCAGGGGCGAGGCCGCCUGCGCAGAGGGCUGGGCGCGAGAAUCGGCGGGAUGGACAAAAAUCAUAACGCCAAAUGGAAAUAAGAUGAGUGAGAUAGAAGCACUCGGACUGCGAGUAAUGAAAGUAAUAUGUCCGUCUUUUUAGGUUAAUAUCGGCGUUUUAUCUUGUGUUUUUGUCCUGUAAAAGUCUUAAAGGAGGACGGAGCACCGCGUUUCUCUGGAAAGAUGUUAUCGACCAUGAACGCGGCUUUUACAGAGACAGCGUAAUAUUAUGAACUGUACAUUAAGUUAGCUCGCUGGCUAACGUUAGCCGAAUGACAACGAUUUCUAUGGAUAAACAUCUAUUAAUGUGGGAUUUUACAGAGCUGCCAAACACAGGUUCGUCGCUGAAAAGGUUCAAUCAUCCUACCGACUGUCAUGGACAACGUGAAAUCACGCAGCAAUGAUGAGGAUGAAGAGCUACACUCCACAGAUCCAGAGAGUAAAGAGAAGAGCAAAGACAAAAAAGUGCUGUGCAAAGUGAAGUGGUCCCGUGAUGAGGAUGAAAAGCUGAAAAAGCUUGUGGAACAGCAUGGAACUGACUCCUGGAAAUUAAUAGCAAACUAUUUUCUAGGGAGGACAGAUGGCCAGUGUCAGCACCGCUGGCAGAAGGUACUCAACCCAGAGCUGGUGAAAGGACCCUGGACAAAAGAAGAGGAUCAAAAGGUUAUUGACCUGGUUCACAAGUAUGGCCCCAAGCGCUGGUCGGUUAUCGCAAAGCACCUCCAGGGAAGAAUUGGGAAGCAGUGCCGUGAACGGUGGCACAACCACCUUAACCCAGAAGUAAAGAAAUCUUCAUGGACUCAGGAAGAGGAUCGAAUCAUCUAUGAGGCCCACAAACGACUGGGCAACCGCUGGGCAGAGAUCUCCAAGCUCCUUCCUGGACGGACUGACAACUCCAUCAAGAACCACUGGAACUCCACCAUGAGGAGGAAGGUGGAGCACGAGGGCUACCUACAAGAUGGCUGCAAGACUUUCACUUCCUCUCAAACCGGAGGGAAGAGACGCCAUCACAGACAGUGUCCUCCAACACCAACAGAGCCCCAGCACUGUGACCGCAGCCCCCUGCCCAUGACGGGACCCAACCAGAUGGGGGGAUAUAAUUAUGAUCCUCACAGUAGACACAUGAUGGACAGUCUCUCUGAUAGUUCAGGCUUCAUACCGCCAUCCUGCCUGGAUGAUCCCGACAGAGAGCAAAGAAUUAAGGAGCUUGAGCUGCUGCUUAUGUCAGCAGAAAAUGAAGUCCAACGACAAGUGCAGUGCAGAGGUCCAUGUAACUUGGAGCAGUACUCGGCCUGGUCGGACAGUGUGUCAGAUGACACGUUGACCACGAGUAGCAGCAGCCUGGAGGAGCAGGCGGAAAGGAGGCCCUGGAGGGGCCCUGAGAUCCCCCGGGGACCUCCAGCACAACUUCCUGUCUCGCCCAGCAAGUUCCUGGCCGUAGAGGCGAGCACUGUGCUCUCCACCCUGCAGACCAUACCGGAAUUUGCAGAGACCAUGGAGCUCAUUGACUCAAUGUGUUUUGCUCUGCAGGACCCUGUGGCAUGGAGCGAUGUGGCCAGCUUUGACUUGUCAGAGGCAGCGACACCACCCAGGCACAACCAGGCAGGCUACACCUCUCUCCUGCAAGAGAGGACGAUUGACAAUUCGAUGGGCUUCAUAGUCAACACUCCAACCGCCAUCUCAGGCUGUGACAAGAACUGUGAUCCGCUUGGUAUGGGCCCUGUCACCUCCCUGACGCCCAUCAACUCAUCCAAACCCACCCAGGCAUCUAUUGGGAGGAGGAGGAGAAGAGAGAGGGGGGAACCAUCUCCUUUGUGCGACAGGACCUGCUCCUCCUUUUUGGAAAAUGUCUCAAAUUCGCCCAAGAAAACGCCCACAAAGUCACUGCCAUUCACUCCAUCACGAUUCUGCAAUAUAUCAGGGGCAGAGCAUCUGAAUUUGGAUAACCCAGCCCUCACCUCGACUCCUGUGUGCGCCCAAAGAUGUCUCCUCAAUACGCCGCUUCACAAAGAAACCACACCCAAGCACCAGAAAGAGAACGAUGGUUCCAGGACUCCUAAAUUCCAUAAAACUGUCAUGAUUCCAACCCCGAGGACACCGACUCCCUUCAAAAACGCUUUGGCUGCCCAGGAGAAAAUGCACGGGCCACUAAAGAUGGAGCCGCAGCCUUUGGCAUUUCUAGAGGAGGACAUUCGAGAAGUUCUGAAGCAGGAGACUGGAGCAGACAUCUUCAACAGAACAGACUUCCAGCCAGACUACAGAGCAUGGAAACAUAAUAUGGAUGGUCCAGCUCGAAAAGUGCGCAAGUCUCUUGUGCUUGACCCCUGGGGGAAAGACUGCCUCAGUGUCCAACUCUUCCAAGAGCAGCUCAACAACGCACAAGUGCCAGAUGAUAGUCUACUGACGAGCUCCUCUCUGAUCACCCCAACCCCUGAGCAAGAGGAGUGUAGCCGCCCUUUGACUUCUGGGGCAGAGGAGCCCCCUUUAGUCCCCGUGCAUCCCCAUCGCUUCACUAGCCCCAGGGUGAAGAAGCUCCCUGCCUCCCACAAAGCACCAAAACACGCCAUUGUACAGGUGAGUGAGUGGGAAGCAGUGGUUUAUGGGAAGACAGAGGACCAGCUGAUCAUGACAGAACAGGCCCGUCAGUACCUGAACCCUUACCCAUCAUCUGGCUCUACCUCAAGGGCCCUUGUGCUUUAAAGCCGUCCCCCUCACUGCACAGGCAACACUACACCUGCCCAACAACUAAAAAACCUCCACUGAAUCUUGUAAGAGACAAUCCAGUGAAGACGAAGUGUUUUCUUUUCUUUCAAAGCAGAAAUGCACUGCCAAGGACGUGCACAAAAAAAGGCAUGGCUGCUCGUAUUGUUUUCAACACGUUUCUAGGUCACUGCCCAAGUAGUUUCUUGUUUAAAGGCGUUCUCUCUUUGGCCUAUAUUUUCUUACGAACACACACAAAACCUGGCUACAUGUGCAGUUUUGUACAGAUAUGAAGAGGCUAGAUUUUUUUUCCUGCACUAGUCAGUAAUGUUGAAACAACCUGCACAUACAGUAUAGGCUGUAGAAAUAGAGUGUUUAUUACUAGCAGUGGCUGCUUCCGAGUUUUAUAUUGUUAAUAUAUUGUUUAAAUGACAAGAAAAACAUUUUAUGAUGUAACGCAUUGUGUACAUACAUUGUGUAUCUCCUCUAGCUCGUUUUUGCUAAACUGCCCCAUUGCUGUUAUCAGAUAAAAAAAACAAACACGUACAUGCACACAAGAAUUUGUAUUGUACUUUUAAAAUGGGUUUUAAUGGACUAAAGGGUCAUGACACACACAGACACACGCAUGCGCGUUAAUCACCGCUUUCAAAUUAGAGAAAAAUGCAGCUGCGUGGUUUUUUUUUUUUUGAGACAGCGGUGUUACAUUGCUGAGAAUCCAUGGUGAUGUGAAGUUUUUUGAGGAUGGAAAUACAGUAGGAAGCUGUCAGUAUUGCACUACUGAGUUGAUUUUGCUGCUGAGAAAGGAGCAGUGUUUUUAAGGGCAAACUGGAUAGCACUUGCGAUGGUAUCUUUUUUUUUUCUUUUCUUUUUUUUUGUAACAACACAACGUUUCCUUUCCAAGGCCAUAGUGUCCGUCGAGACAUCGGUUGAAUGUAUUUCAUUGCAAUGUACAUGUGUAAGAACCUCAAAAGAUAGAAGGGUACCUUAAUGUUUAUUUCUGUUUGUUUUAUUUAUUAUCUGACUGCUCUAAAGCCUAGAUAUUAAUAUAAAUCGGACACCAUGAGUUUUUUUUUUUUUUAAAGAAGUUUAACUUUGCUGACAAAACAGCCUAAAAACCCUCACUUUCUCUAAAGCAGUUCUCUCUCUGUGAUAAAAAAUGAAUGGUCACCAUUGCUUCGGUCAGGCGUUUCACGGUUGGUACUGACCAGAGUUUUCAUAUCAACAGUGUUCUACAACAAGCAUAUUGGUCGAGAAGGAUUUACUUUUUAUAUGAAGGCUGUAGGUUUUUAUUUAUUUAAUGUCUACUAAUUUAUUUAUUUCUAAAAAAAAAACAUUUUAAGAGGAAUUAUUGAAGAAUUUUAUUGUCUUUUCUCUUUCAAAAUCAGGAUUGGGCUACCAUUCAUUCAGUUUCAUUACUCCAAGUUAGAAGAACAUGCACUGCCACUAAUUUAACAUGUUAAUCUCUCUUUUUUUUUUUUUUCCCUCACCAGGCAAGAUCUAGCAAAUAAUCAUUGUGUAGUUGUAUCUGUGAUCUUGUAACAAAUAGGUUUUUAGGACUUUUUUUUUUUUUUUUUUCCUUUUUUAUUCAGAUGUUCUCUAAUUAGCUAGCAGGACGCCAUCUCCGACCUCUAAUCAUAGACAAAUUGCACUUUUUUACUCAUCAUUUAAUUUUAAAUGUGUGUUUGUUCAUUCUGAUGAUGUAGCUCUUGUCCUUAUUUUUAUUUUGUUUUUUUUGUUUGUGUGUUAGAUGGAUGUCUCAGUUUGUUUUUUUUUCUUUUAAUUGAAUGCUGACGUUAAGAUCAUGCUGCUUGAUUUUUUAAUAUUUUUAUCCUGCUUUGCUGCAGAAAUGUGUACUUAAAUACACUACAUCAAAGCCUUUGCAGCUAACAUUUUUUAAAAAAAAAAGAGAACUCCGGGCAAAAACACAGCUAAUCCUUUACAAUCAGAGACCGUCCUAUUAUAAGAAGGUCUAAAUUUGAUCACUGCAGGACCCAAAGUUGUGACUCAACAAGCUUGUACCCUGCUGAAAUGCCCCUUGAGCAAAACCACAACCCCCUACCUGCUCACUCAUCAUUUAACACCUUACAUAAGAACAAAAUGCUUAAAAUGUAAUGUAAAAACGCACAAAUUUGAGUGUGAUGUUGAAGAAAUGUACCACACUGUGCUUCCAUGUUAACAGGCUGACUCAUGACACUUGUUUUUUUUUUUUAACCAUCUUGACACAAACACUCUGUAAUCUACUAUAUCUCGGACCGGUGAGGCAACACUACAGCUAUAAAUGGUCUUCUUUGUAUUAUUGGCAUUAGUGGAUCCAGUAUUAGUAAUAAUCUGGAUUAUCCAGCAUUAAGCAUUUGAGUGAGACUAAGAAGGGAAUCUUGUCAGGGAGAUCAAGUGGAAAGAUCAGGAGUAUACAGCACACAACUCUAAAACAGAAAGUAAACUAACAUCAACAUAUUUGUAUUUUAAAAUCUGGUGGCUGAGAUGUGUCUAAUCUGUAUAUAUUUGUGUUUAUAUGUUGUAUGUUUGUUGGUUUGAUUUGUGUUUGUACAUUCCAUUUGUGAGUCCAAGUUAAUAUAUUUGUACGUUAACAACACUUGGCCAUGUAACAUCAUAGGUUUUGAGGGAAUUAAGUACAUAUACAUGAUAGAAGCAGCUGUCAUACUACUGUAGUUAUGCAUGAGCAACACACAUAAUGCUGGACUCUGCUUUAAUUUAUAUGGUGAAUCACAGAUGUAACACUCACACAGUAUUUUGUAGCAUUUGAAAUCAUAACCAAGGUACCAUAGAAAUCCUGCCGACUGUCUUGUAACCGUGUACUUAAUUUGGAAAAAUAAAUGCCUUUGUUGCAUGACAUGAA